AUGUCGGCUCCACUCCACCAAAGGAAAUACGAUCAACAAAGCAUACCGAUUGAGGUUGACCCUCUUCUAGAAGGGGAUAGUGACGCCACGAGUAGUACUUCUGACUAUGAAAGCGGAUCGACAUAUGCCUUCCCCAAUGAUGAGACUGAACAAGAAAGACUAGAUAUCAUCCAUCAUACCUACAGCAUGCUCAUAGACGACAAAUUGCACCUAGCUCCUAUCGGUCUAAAUCCACAAAGAAUUCUUGAUAUCGGGACAGGAACCGGGAUCUGGGCUAUCGAUGUAGCGGAGCGCUAUCCAUCCGCUGAAGUCAUCGGAACUGAUCUCAGCCCAAUUCGACCAAGUUGGCAUGUAUACCAAUUCUUUUUGGCUAGAGAACAACGCCCUAACUUUAGCAGGGUUCCGCCCAAUGUAAGCUUUCAAAUCGACGAUGCAGAAAGCGAAUGGACGUUCGGGGAAAGCUCUUUUGAUUUUGUUCAUAUGCGGCAUUUGAAUGGGUCAAUCAAAGAUUGGCAAGCUCUGUUGAACCAAGCGUUCAAGUAA